AUGCACGGUAUUCGCAUUUCAAUCGACCGCGGAGGCACGUUCUGCGACGUGAUCGCUCAGACGUCCGACGUCCACGUCUUCAAGCUGCUGUCUGUCGACCCGCAGAACUACCGUGAUGCGCCCACAGAAGCGAUUCGAAGAGUCCUCGAGAUCGUCGAGGGGAGAUGCAUCCCCAAGGACGAGCUCUUGGACGCUUCUUCCAUCGGCUCCUGCCGCAUUGGGACAACCGUGGCCACAAACGCCCUCCUGGAACACAAGGGCGCCCGGUUUGCUCUCUUGACCACCAGGGGAUUCAGGGAUCUCAGCGAGAUAGGCGACCAGUCCCGCCCGAAGCUGUUUGACUUGAAUAUCCGCAAACCCUCCUUGUUGUUUGAUACUGUCGUUGAGAUCGACGAGCGUGUGACGCCUGAAGGAUACGAGUUGGAUCCAGCGCCUGUGCAGACAGACUGGAGGGACAAUAAUGACCCUGACCUCGUCCAUACGGCCAGUGGAGAGGUGAUUCGUAUUAUUCGCAGACUGGAUGAGGAUCAGACACGCUCUGUUCUCAGAGAUUUGAGAAAGCAGGGGUUUACGGCCGUUGCGAUUGCUUUUCUUCACUCCCAUCUUUACCAGGAACAUGAACGUCUGGCCGGUCGCAUCGCAGAAGAAGAAGGCUUCACCGUCUCUCUCUCGUCAAUAAUCUCCCCUCGGAUCAAGAUUCUGGAGAGAACCACCGCCGUCUGUACGGACGCGUACCUCUCCCCCGUCGUCAGACAGUACGUCGACAACUUCCUCGCAGGGUUCAAAUGCCCCCCGCGGAGAAUCGAUUUCAUUGCCUCGGACGGCGGCCUCCGCCUGGCACCGGGGUAUACAGGCAAUGCCGCCCUGCUGAGUGGUCCGGCGGGCGGAGUUGUGGGCGUCGCCCGAGCGUGCUAUGAUGAAGAGACCCGGACCCCGCUGAUCGGGUUUGAUAUGGGAGGCACCAGCACUGACGUCUCGCGCUUCGACGGCCGUUUCGAUCAUGUCCAGGGGGCAACCAUCGCGGGCAGACGGAUCGCCGCGCCCAUGUUGAAUAUCGCGACUGUGGCGGCGGGCGGUGGGUCGAUGCUUUUCAUCAGAAAUGGGCUACUAGUUGUAGGGCCGGAGAGCGCUGGUGCUCAUCCCGGUCCGGCCUGUUAUAGGAAAAGCGGCCCUUUGACUGUCACCGACGCGAAUCUCUUCCUUGGUCGACUGGAUGUGACGUCUUUCCCUGCAAUAUUCGGCGAAGACGCCAAUCAGCCGUUGGAUAGAGACGUCGUGGAGAAGAAGUUCACUGAACUGGCAGAAGAAGUAGAUCUCAGUCCCGUUCAGCUGGCGGCCGGGUUUAUCCAGGUCGCCAAUGAGAGCAUGUGCCGCCCAAUUCGCAACGAGACGGAGGGGAGGGGGUUCCUUACGGCUGACCACCACCUGGUGAGCUUUGGGGGCGCGGGCGGUCAACACGCCUGCUCGAUUGCCUCGAAUCUGGGCAUCAAUCGUAUUCUUAUUCAUCGCUAUGCCUCCCUGCUGUCUGCGUACGGGAUCAGUCUGGCUGAGACAACCGCAGAAAUGACUGAGCCCUCCUCGCUGACUUUAUCACAUCACAACACUCAUAACGACGAGACGAUGUCACUGCUGAGAGAGAGAGAAAAGGAACUCCAAGCUCGAUUGGAGACUGAAUUGUGUUCUCAAGGAGUCACCGAUAAGGAGUCGAUCGUGUACACUACCUUUCUCAACCUGCAAUACCGUGGAAUGGAUACUAGUCUUGCCGUCGAAGAGCCAGAAAAUGGUGACUAUUCGGCAGCGUUCACCGCACAGCAUCUCCGUGAGUUUGCUUUCACUACUCCACGAGAUAUCGUUGUCGAUAGUAUCCGGGUGCGAGCGGUGGCAAGGAGACCGCGUGAGGGUGUCCGGAUCAAUCAGAGCAUCGCUCUCGCAAAGGCAAACACCGUGUCUGCAACACCUGAGCGACAGCAAAGAGUCUACCUCGAUGAUGACUGGCAUGAUGUCCCGGUCUAUAGAUUGAGCUCACUCGCUGUGGGGGCUCAAAUCAAAGGGCCAGCCCUGAUCGCCGACGAGACUCAGACCAUUCUCGUCGAAAGCAGAUACGAGGCCAUCAUCACCGAAGAGCAUGUGGUGAUUGACCGUGGAGAGGAAGCAAAAGUUGACUCUCAAGAGACUGGAGUGUCUCCUGUCCUGCUCUCCUGCUUCGCAAACCGGUUUAUGGCGAUCGCCGAACAGAUGGGCCAUACAUUACAGCGCACCUCGAUCAGCACAAGCAUCAAGGAACGACUGGAUUUCUCAUGUGCCCUCUUCGCCCCAGAUGGCGGGCUGGUCGCCAAUGCACCACACAUCCCUGUCCAUCUGGGGAGCAUGCAGUUUGCUAUCCAAUACCAGCACGAACGGUGGAAAGACGACCUACAACCGGGGGAUGUCUUACUCACCAACCAUCCAGAGGCAGGAGGCACCCAUCUCCCGGAUCUGACAGUUGUCACACCCGCGUUCUACAACGGCGAAAUCAUCUUCUACGUCGCUUCUCGAGGCCACCAUACCGAUAUCGGCGGGAUCGGCAUCACGAGCAUGGUCCCAGACUCGACGGAGCUCUGGCAAGAAGGGAUGAUGGUGCAUUCCGCACGGAUCGUGCGAGGCGGCGUCUUUCUCGAAGAUGAAGUGCGUGCUCUCUUCGCCAAAGCGGCCGAGUAUCCGGGCUGCAGCGCGACGAGACGCUUGGGCGAUAAUCUGUCAGAUAUACGGGCCAAGAUUGCCGCCAACCAGCGCGGGAUCAGACUCUUGCAACAGCUCUGUGAUGAAUUCGGAUUACCCAGAGUCCACACGGCUAUGGAGGGGAUCCAACGCACUGCCGAAACUGCCAUCCGGACCUUGCUCAAGAAAAUGUACCACAACACCCGACUGGCGCAGCCGUUAACCGCGUCUGACUUUUUCGACGACGGCACCGAGAUCAAAGUGGCCAUCACAUUGGAUGAAGAAGGCGGUGCGUUGUUCGACUUUACCGGGACGGGGGCCCAGACGUACGGAAACAUGAACAUGCCCAUUUCCAUCACGCACUCAGCCAUUAUAUACGUGCUCCGCUGCCUGGUGGAUAUGGAGAUCCCCCUGAACCAGGGCUGUCUCAACCCAUGCACCAUCCGCGUUCCGGAGGGAAGCAUCCUCAACCCGUCGCCCUCUGUGGCCAUCUGCGGAUCCACCAUCGCUUCCCAGCGGAUCACCGACGUGCUGCUCAAGGCCCUGAAUGCGGCCGCCGACUCACAGGGCUGCGCAAACUCACUCGGCUGGGGAAUGGGCGGGAAAGAUCCCCGCAUCGGACAAGUGAUUCCAGGCUGGAAUUAUUCCGAGACCGUCGGUGGAGGGUCCGGUGCCGGACCCUCGUGGCACGGCGUAAGUGGUGUCAACGUGCAUGCGACAAACACGCGGGCAACGGAUCCAGAGGUCGUCGAACGGAGAACGCCCGUGAUCAUCACCCGAGACGAGAUCAAUCUGCACUCGGGCGGCGAGGGCUUGUUCCGCGGCGGAAACGGCAUCACGCGAGAAGUCCAGGCCAGGAUCCCUCUCACCUUCAGCAUCCUGUCUGAACGCCGUGCUACGCGGCCAUCGGGGCUCGCGGGGGGCCAACCGGGUAAGGCAGGCGUGAAUUAUGUGUUUCGGAGGAACGAGCAUGGUAAAGAGGAGAAGAUCAAUAUCGGAGGCAAAGCUGUCAUCAAGUUGAAAGCCGGCGAGAGGAUUCAGAUCAACUCUCCGGGGGGUGGAGGGUGGGGGGUGCCUCAAUGA